AUGGUUUCUUUCAAGGUCUCCAACAUCCUGGCCCUCGCUGCCGCCGUUGCCGCCGCGCCUACUGAGCUCCUUCAGUCCCGCGCCGUUGUGGCUCACGACUCCAUCAGCCCCGUCGCCCAGAGAAUCCAGACUGGCGGCCUCGGCAAGGUGAUCGAGACCUUCAACCCCCUUCUCCACAUCGCCCACGGUUGCCAGCCCGGUGGUCUUCAGGAUACUGGCAGCUCCACCGGCGGCUGCCGCGAUCAGUCUAAGGGUCAAACGUAUGCUCGCGCCGGCACAGUCGACGGCAAGACGGUCAUCAUGUACUCUUGGUACUUUCCCAAGGACCACCCCACCGGCGGUGACGUCGCCGGAGGUCACCGCCACGACUGGGAGAAUAUCGUCGUUCAGAUCGACGACCCGGCCGCGGCUACCCCCAAGAUCAUCGGCGGAGCUGCCUCCAGCCACAGCGGCUACAGCAAGGCCAACGGUGCUCCUCCCAUGGACGGCAACAGCCCCAAGGUUGAAUACUUCACUACCUUCCCGACAAACCACGAGCUCCAGUUCACUCAGACCAAGGGCAAGACCUACCCCAUCUCCGACUGGGAUGCUCUCCCCGCCGCCGCCAAGACCGCUCUUCAGGACACCAACUUCGGAAAGGCCAACGUUCCCUUCAAGGAUGGCAGCUUCGAGAGCAAGGUCCGCGAGGCUCUCAAAUAG